CUUAACUUUAACUUCAUAAGUUGGAUAAAACCACCAAGAAAAGGCUGAACUCUACGUCAAAAUGGCUUGGCAGUGGAUUUUACUCUCUCUCGUGACGUUCGCUUUACUGUUUGACGUCAGAGUUAAAGGCAUGUCAACGAGUUCAAUUGUCUGCAAUGCUAACCACACAGUAACUAUAACCAUUACAAAUGUAACUGACAUCGAUGCAUUCAACGAAAGCGAUUGGCGAAUAGAUAACAAAACAGAAUGUGAGCCGACAUUCAUGGACACGACGGUCACGUAUACCAAUUUGCAAGUGGCUGAUUGCGCUUCAAUUUCCGAAGAUAAGAGCACUUCUAUCAGAUACGUUUUCGAGAUCCGUGCGGUUGUUCCGGGCAGCAGUCCGAUCCAGGCCUUUGAUCACGUGAUUGACGCCGUGUGUGAGUACGUCAAUAAUGGCAAUGUCACAUCCAGCUUCAUACCUUUAGUGAAUCGUGGCGAUAACUCGUCAGAUUCUGCAGCUUUUACAUUCAGCCUUGACGUUUUUGAGAACUCUGAGCUUACCAUUCCUCUUCCCAGCGAAGUGAAGCUCAAUCAACCAUUGUUUUUCCGAGCUCAAGUGGAAACAUCAAGCGCUGCACCAAACCUGGACCUCUUCAUCGUGCAAUGUAAUGCGUCAAAGUCGAACGACGCAAAUGUCCCGGGCCACGAUGUAGUCCUUAUUCAAAAUGGGUUGGUACCUUCUUGAAGUUUCCCGAAACAAAAGCAUAAU